UGCUCGUACGAACGGGCACUUUCACACACACACACACACACACACACAGCACAUGCUUAUAAAUUACAGCCAUCAUCAACAUUAUCAUAACUUUUGCAGAACUCUUGUCUUCUUCCUCUGUGGUGUUGUUCUGUCGACGUUGUCGUCUUCGUCGUCGUAGUAGUAGUAGUCGUGGCAACCGUUGCAAGUUGCAAUUGUUGCUAUUGCACAAAGUAAACAUGGUUAGCAAGGGUGGGUUGUUGAAUAAAAGUUAAAGCAAACACAUCUUCCGCGUAUCUUUUGUACACUCACACACGCACACUCACACACACUCACUCACACACAUACAUUCGCGCGCGCGCAUACACACGAGUGUUUGCCUAUCUAUGAGAAGUGAGAGAGAUAGUGACAGAGCAAAAAGAGGGUAAGAAAAAUAAGAUAGAAGAGACAGGGAAUACAUGCAAAAGAAAGAAGUAUUAAAAACGACCUAAAACACAUGUAUUACCAUCACUAUCGACAACAUCAUUAUAAUCAGAAACACCAACGUAAUCACUAUCAUCGUCAUUGGUUGGACAAGGGAGUCCUGAUAUGAGAAAACUCACAUACUGGCAAGAAGUUGGAAUGCUAAAUAUAUUGAGAAAAAACGUAAAACUAUGUUAUGUGCUGUAAAUGGAUGUUUUAGAGUUGUGGAAACUAAAAUAUGUAACUUAAAAACCACAAAGAAUCGUUUUAAGUAGAAUAGAAAACCUUACAGGAGACAAGACCUCUGCAACUAUGGAGAUAUAUCAGAUGUGGCUACAGUAGUAUGUGGAGCUCAAAAUGAACCAAUAUGGAAAUUAACUUACCAAUCUUUAAGAAACCAAAGAUAGAAGACAAUGGGGAAUCAAUUUCCAGCAGUGAAACAACUGUGCCAGACCAGACCAAGAAAUAUGUGACCCAAGUAUUCCUAAUUCCCCCAGUAAGCCAGUAUAAACCACACAAAAGUCGGCGAACACGAUUAAAAUACAGCCUGGGACCUGACCGUUCUACAUCUGGUUCUUGUGGCAGUGGCAUCACACAGUCUGCAUUUGUUGGAAAAACCGAUAAUUGUGAGAAGGAAUCAAAAAAGUCACAGAAUGAUGGAACAAUAUCUGAAAAUGAAGUUUCGCUCUCCAGUUCAAUGUUUAGUUCUAAAGAGAAGUGCUAUGAAAACUUGUCUAACCAGGGAUAUUUACCGAUAUCUGAAGGAGCAUGCUCACUUUUAUCAGAGAAGGAAUCUGGGAAUGAAUCUGGAUAUAGUUCUCAUAGCGCUGGCUAUAUAAAAGAUUUGCCUAUGGACAAAAGAAUCGAAAAUUUGUCCAAUGCAAAUGAUCCUCUGGUUGACAUAAACAGUGUCGAGAGCAAACAGAGUAAUUUAUCAGAGUCAAAUAGUGGCCCUUCAGACAAGAGAAUGCGAUUUUUGCGAACUGCUAGUGCCCUGCAACGGUCAGGGCUGAUGGAUAUAACAAUGAAGACUGCUGAUAUCUUGAAACAGAAUCGGAUAGUGAACAAAGAAAUAGAAAGAUUACACCAGGACACACUCAAAUUUUUACAUAGUGUCAUCAAUAACCCUGAGAAUAAAACCUUCCAAGACACAAUUACAAGGAACUGCGACAAACAUUCUUGAGUAAAGCAUGUGUGUAUUUCUGAAUCUUUUCUAUCAGACACUCAUGUUAAUUUUGUUUCCAUAUUUACUACAGACACAAAAAUUAAUUCACCAUCAUCAUUAUCACCAUCAUCAUUAUCACCGUCAUCAUUAUCACUGUCAUCAUUAUCAUCUCUGUUACUAGUAAUUAAAUACUUCUCUACUAUUCAGAUUUUGUCAAUUCAUAAAAAUUUUCAUUUUAUCAUAUAUUUAUAUCAGUUUUCUUUCUCUCUUUUUUGUUUUUGUUUGACAAAGAAGGUUUGUUUGGAAUAUUGAUUUUUUUUUGUUCUUUUCUUCAUUCCAUCAAUCAGUAUUUAUUUUAUUUUAGUUUUUACUGCUGUAUAUUAUAUAUCAUCUUAUUUAUUUCCUCUUUCCACCCUUUGUCUCAUUCACCUCAAUUCUCUCAAGCGUUAGAUUAAGAGAGAAUAUUACUAGUCAAACUUUCUUUAUUACAAAUCAUUGUUACUGAUGAAAAGAAUUCAAUGAGAAUGGGUUUGAAGUUCUAAUAUUUUAAGAUUGCCAUCUAGUGUCUGCCUCACUGACAAAUUCAAGGAGAUGGUUUACCUAUUAUAUAGUUCACCUGUGCAAAAUUCUACUAUAUUGCAAUACUUCAAUACAACCAAUUUGUCAUUCACAGUGGAAUUAUUAAAAAGACUUUCAGCUUUGUUCUCACUUAUUAGAAUGGAAAUAAUAAACAAAUUAUUUUCAUUUUCAGAAAAGAAAAAAAAAUUAAAAAGAAGACACAGGGGAAACAAAAAUCCAAUAGAUGUGACAUCUUAAAGUCGCUACUGCUUUAGGAGACAUCUUAGAAGUGUGUUGGUCGUAUUUUACACACAGCACUCAGUUUAUAUAAAACCACAUAUCCAUAUUUAUUAUGGUCGAGUUCCUUCUCUUCAAUAUUGUAUUAAUUAAAUUUACUUCCUUCUCAUCAAAUGUGAAUCAAUCUUUUCUUUAGUUUCAUUCAGUUUAACCAUAAAGUAAGACUAGUCUCUCUGUGAUUCCUGCAGUUUAAUCUUCUCUGUACAAACCCAAUAACAGAAUAUUUAUGUAAUAAAUUAGAUUCAUGAAUUGAGGUUUUUUUUUUUUAAUGAGUUUCUCAUUUGAAUUUGUUUUUUUCUAUUUUAAUUCUAAAGUUGUUUCUUCAGAUAGAAAUAAUAUUGGUAAACUGUUGAAGAGGAAACUGCAUUUAUUAACCUAUGAAGUGGCCAUAUUAUUCACCUGUCAUGCUUAUGAUAGAUGCAUUAAACUGUGUUACUCUCCUAAAAUUUAUAAGUUGUCAUGGCAAACAAAUUAUCAAAAUGUCAGCUUAUUUUAGUGUCUAAUAAUAUUUAUGGACAUGACAAAAUAUCCCACCAUGUAAAGUAUUUUUAUCUAUUUUCUUCUGCAAAAGUUGGACAGUACCACCAAAAAUUCUGUUUCUUGAUAUUCCAGAUUCCCAUGGUGGAUAGUCUUGCCAGCAAAUAUUUACAGACUGGCCAUCUUAAUUGUCAAAUAUUGUACAUAUCAUUGAAAGAAUACAAAAUGGUACUUGGUUACAUAAACCAACAUUUUGAAAAGUCUAUAUUCCUAAAAUAUGGCACAUAAUGUUGCCGUCACUGAUCUAAACAUUAUUUUUUGUUUAACGGUUUCAAUUUCUAGUGAUUAGUCAACUAAAUAUGUGACAUAUUUGUUGGUCAUUCACCCGAAACUAUGCACCAAUAGCAACUGAAAACACUCACCAUCUUAUUUAUAUUAGCAACAGCAUGGAGUAGUCAUAGACAGGAGGGGAAUAUUUUUGCUUCAGGAGUAAAAUGUUAGAUAUGUUUUAUGUUGUACUUGUUGAAAAGCUGCUGUCUGUGAGUUGAUAUGAAGCAUUAUUGGAUUUUAGAAUUUAAAAGCUCUUGUAGUUGUUUUUGUUGUUGUUGUUGUUGUGUAAAGGCAAAUGUAGUGCAGCAGUGAAUUUAACUGUAAAUUUCUUAAUCCAGUUUCACUUCUCAGUCAGAACUAUUUCACUUACUGCACUAAUACCCAUUGGCAAGGUAUACACAUCACUACUUCUUAUUACUUCCCUUCAGCCAUGACAUCAAAGCUUCAUCCUUACCAAGUCAUCAUCAUCAUCAUCAUCAUUACCACCAUCAUCAUCAUCAUUAUAAUAGUUGGGGAGUGGUAAAAAUAGUAGAUCAGUAAACCAAAAAUACCUUGUGGUAAUUAGUUGUACUCCUUCAAGUUCUCAUUUUAAAUCCCGCAAUAGUUGACUUUGCCUUUGUUUGUUCCAGUGUUGAUAAAGUGACAGUCAUAUAUGGUGGGGGAAGGGGUGCAGUUAUUCAUAGAUUAUAUAUAACCCUAGCCUACUAAAUUGCAGCCUUGUACCUGUGUAAGGAAAUCAUUAUUAUAAAAUAACCAUUGUUCAGUUUUCCAAAAUGGACUCCGUUUUAAUUCCCAUUUGGAGCCAUUUGUAUUUAUAUUUUCAGUGACCACUAAUAAUGCCAUUGGAAAAUACAUUUCUCUCUUCUUUAGAAACCCAUGUCUAUGUAAGGAUAUUGAACACUACUUUGUCACAGGUUUUUCUGCAAUGAGUUCUACCAUCUGGUUGCAGUUCCUAAAAUGAGCUUUUUAGGAAAUAUUGAAUACCACAUAUUCCCAUUUUUUGUUAUAACUAAAUCACACCUAUUUAUUUCAUAAAUAAUUGUAUUCAACUUUAAA